CGCAUAGACUAGCCACCAUAGCAUAGACGGCAUAGAGUAAUGAUGGGUAGCAUGGGAAGCACGUGCUCAAUGUUUUUGGUUAAUUGUGCCAGCCCACGUCUUGUAUCAUGUGCUAAUUCUAGUCCUGCAAGAGGAUCUACGUAAAAUAAGAAGUACCCGUUGUUACCAUCGUUACCAUUUUGUGCGAUGAAGCGCUUGUGCGUCCUUGCACUGCGUUCAUGUCGCCUAAGCAGCCUGAACUUGUUUAGGCAGCUCUGUGCAGAAGCAAACCCAGCUUCUGAAGGUCUACCACGUUCAAGCCGUGAAGAUUCUGAAAAUAAAAAGCACGUGUACCGCAAUUUGUAUCCGUGGAAGUCGAAGGGCGAGUUUGUGCGGGACUUGGCGGGCAGUAUAUUUUAUAAUCAAGAUGGGCUUAUUGCGCUCAGCAAACCAUACGGGGUUCCCCUGAGUUUCAAUUUCCACAAGGGAGGAAGAUCCCAAAGUAUGCUCAAGCAACGCCUUCACGUCUCGGGCUUCGGCGAGUCUCCUUAUAGUCUAGAAGACGCCAUAGAAGGCUUGGCGGUUCACUUGAAUGUCGACCAAAUUAUUAUCAUCAAAUCAGCUGAAAGGUAUGCUAGUGGUGUCACCAUUCUGGCAUCCAACGAGCGAGCUGCACAAAGUGUUCAGAAAGCUGUGUUGCGAGCAAAGCCAAUGCAGAUACCGUACACUACUGCUUGGAUAAUUGCAAAAGGCUACCCGGUGCGUGAUGAAGUCAAGGAAAAAGUUGCCAUAAAGCUUGUACCUGUGAAUGAAUCAGAAAAACGUGUGGAAGUGUUGCGCGAGUUCAGCAAAACUGCUUCAAAGACAAGGUUGGUGAAGACUGUUCUUGUGGAGUGCAAGACAUUGAGCAAAAACACCAGCAUGGCUAUGUGCCUGCUUCAAGUGGCUGCAUCAAACGUGCACAAGAGCCUUUUGCGCGCAUAUGUGGCUAACCUGGCAUCUUGUGUGAUGGGUGACUUGAGCCCCAAUGCUUGCCUCACCAAGUACCAUCAGGGCCGACCCUUGGUGCUGUCUCCUAUGGCAGCUGCUUCUGCCAAACCGCAGCCUCUUCCAGAUGCAGUCUGCAAGCAGCUGGGAAUCUCCAACACCCAGCAGCAAAUGGUGCCUGCCAUGGUGCACUACCGAAGCCUACUGCUGCCUUGGUACCACGGAAGAGACCAGCAUUUGCUUUUGACUGACCCCACACUACCCAGACACUUCAGCUGGACCCUUGAGACACUUGGUCUUCUGCCUGACUUGUGCCCAAAGAAAUGACUCUUUCGUGUGGACUCUGCUGCUAUCUGAUUGUGCUACCGUCUAAGCACAACAUGUUGGCCAACCUACGAGAUGUAGAAGGAACUUGAAAUGGCCAACUUACGAAAUGAAAUUGCCUGAUGUCGACUUUGUACUUAGAAAGCAGUAAAAGUAGUUAUAAGUUAGAGAAUAUUGUGGUGCAUACAGGAGAACUAACAGGUUAUUUUUUUAGCCCCUUGAUUGCCGUUGCUUUAUUGCAUCUUGGUCUUGAACACAUUUUAUGCUGUAUACAAGCUGCUUAUUUGUUAGUGAAUUGGUCCGAGUCAAAAUUUAAUAUAGUUUAUAAUUAUUUUUCUUAAAUGUCGAAGUGCAGUUUGACUUGCCAUGGUUGCUUUGCUAUAGAACUGCUGGGAAGAACCAACAGAGCACCGAGACAUGGGCUCAAUCUGUCGUCAGAAAUUCUAUGUGCUUAGCCGACCUUUCAUAGCACAAUGGCUCCACAAUAUUGUUUUUUGCACAAGUUGCUUCUGGAGAGGCAAAGAGGAGCAAAGGGAUGUAUAAAUGUGGGUCUCAUACCCCUGUCGCACAGGGCAAACUGAAGUGCACUUCAGUGUGCUGAGUGUCAUAUUGGCACCGUGGUGCUACUUGAAAAGAAAAUUGUUAUUUCAGAUUGGUGGUGACUGGGAGCCAAAAGGCAAAGCAUUUAUUUGUUAACUUGGAAAUGUAUGCACAAAAACAAUUGGUCAUCGUUAGAAACAGAAUUUACAAUCAACUGAAGUGCAAUUGAAGUAAUUCAUUGCAACCUCAAUAACAAGAAUAAUCAUCACGAGCCAAGACAACAAGACUUGACCAGUACCAGUCCAAACGACAUGUUCUGCUAGGGUGACCUAGAAAUUCUAGGUCACUCUAGUUCUGCCAAACAACUGCGCAGUCAUUAUCUGGAGUGGCCGUAAACAGCCCGAGAGUAAUAGUACUUGCUUGGUGUUUUUAUUUUCUUGCAGUGUGGUACAUUUCAUUACCUUGCGUAACGUUAGCAAUAUAUAAAAAAAAUGUGAUUACAAAUUACAGCUGACUCUGCUUUCAAUAUCACCUUACUUAUUAUUUACUCAUUGCUAACGAGGCUACACACUUCGCCGCAGCGAAGUGUGUUCAUCAAACACACUCGCCGACGAUUGUGCCCUGCAGUGAGUGUCACUAAGCGUUCCUGUGUGGCAGCCUGCAAAUAACACUAGCGGCGAAGUGCACUUGCUCAAAGUACACUUAAUUUUGCCCGUGUGACAGGGGUACUAUAUAAGAUUUAUCUCUGGGGUGUGAGGGCAAUUGUUGAUAUGAAUCCUCUGAAUUAGGGACACUCUAAAACAAUACAUAUUCAUCAGGAUAGUUGUGGCAUCAGGAUUGUGAAAGUGGCACGGAGGGCACUGUGAACAUAAUGUAGCAAAUUGCUUAAAGAGACACUAACGGCAAAUAUUGAGUCAAGCUAAAGUGAUAUAUUAGUGCUUUAGAAUCUCUAAGGCAUCAAUAUUAUUGCAAACAGAGCCUCAGUAAGAGAGAAAUUGAAGUAAUUGCAGGACAGGAUCAGAGACUCCCCCAGGACAUUCAAGUACCUGCCUGAUGACGAAGGCGUUCCUCAUUUAAAUUCCGUCACUAGUGUGUGACUGCCAGUGAGUGGGUGCCAGUAAGCGUGAAUGGAAGUGACUGUGAACGCAAGCGAGUGUUAGCAAGUAUGAGUGGGGCAUGAGGAGGAACGUGAGCAAGUACGUAGCUUGCGAAAAUAUUGUUGAGUGAGCAUCAGCGUGUUACGCUGAGCUGUGACCGUAUAUCAGGGCCAUUCCAUCACAACAGGGUGUUUGGGCAUUGCUGUGAAAAAGUCUAUUCACUAUCAUUUCCGUGAUACUGAGACUUUGGAUUGUGAUGCAGUCUCUAGGAAUGUGUGCAAAAUUGAGAAAAAGAGAAAGCUGUGGUGUUGACUUUGGUGUCAAUUACUUGUUCAACUUUUGCUGAAGGCAAGGAACUGCUUGGAAAUGUGUCACAGAUGUACGUGUGUAAGAACAGUUACAAAUAGCUUUCACUUUGUUGUUUCGUGCUCCAAAAGCAAUGCUCAUAUGGGAAAUAUUUGCUUGUACUUUUACAAUAUCCACCUGGUUUUAAAGUAAAGCUUUUCUUGCCUUCCCUCCUAGGUUUUGCAUAACUGCUGCUACUUGCAGGUUGACCACUACUAUACUUGUGAGCAUUGUAGUGCAUAAAGACAAAAAGUGAAUGAGAUUAAAGUUGCUCAAUUUGUGGUGUAUAAAACA